UGCCCGGGCUGGGCGGACACAGUCCCGGUCCGCCCCCGGGCGGUGCCAGGUGCCGGCCCGCCCCGUCGGUGAGCGGCGGGCGCGGGGAGCCGGGCGGCGGCAGAGCUUGGGGAGCGCCAUGCUGCCCGCCGCCCUCCGCCGCUGGCUGCGCCGGCCCAAGCGCUCCGACCCCCGCCUGCUCUCCCAGUUCUUCUUUGCUGAUGAGAGAGUGACACGGGUGGUGGCUGAGAUCAACGGGCUAAAUGCCGAGCUGGACCCACAGCAGUACCUGGUGCUCCUCAACCAGCUCCACCUCAGCCAGGCUCACCUGCUGGCCGUGCUGGAGCAGAUCAUGGAGGAGUGCAUCCCCACACAGCGGCACAGCCGGGACUACCUGGUCAAGUUCCCUGAGGAGCUCUUGGUGGACAACCUGGGGAACCAUAUGCUGUUUGCUGCUGAGUGUCUCCUGGCCGGGACCUUCCUGGAGGUGGAGGAGAUGGACGGGGCGCAGCUGCGGGCCCAGGCCAGAAACCUGCUGUGCAGUCUGGAACUGGUGCGGACGGUGCUGCGGGAGCAGAGCCUGAGCCAGCCCGGCUCCUACCCAGAGCCCGUCCGGGCUGUGCUCAUCCAGUUCGACUGGCUCUUCGCAGAGUUUGAGCUGAGCUAUGUGUCCUCCCUGGUGUCGGUGAAGUCUCCUGAGGAGAUCUACAGACAGCAGGAGAUCAUUGUGCUCUUCUGUGAGACGGUGGAGAGAGCCUUGCGCCUGGGCUACCUGACCCAGGAGAUGAUCGAUGGCUACGAACCACUGCUGAUGUUCACCAUCCCUCGCCUGGCCAUUAUCAGCGGCCUCCUCAUCUACCCUGAUGGUCCCCUCAGCCUGGAGCAGAGCCCUGAGCAGAUGUCCCAGGUCUUCAGCCCCUUUUACAACCUCUUAAAGAAGAUCAGGGACCUGCUGCAGGUGCUGUCGAUGGAGGAGCUCUGCCUGCUGGAGAGGAGCCUGUGCACAGCUGAGUCAGAGGAUCCCUGUGUCCUGGCCACUCCCCCAGCUUGGGGGGCAGCCAUGGACCCCCCUGCUCACUGGGGCCUCCUGGAGGUGCCCUAUGCCCCCCCACUGCCCCCCACCUGCACAGCACAACUGGGACCCUCCAGCACGGUGGACGACCCGGGCACAGCCCGGCGCUGGGGCCCCCAGUCCCCUGGGAGCAGCCCAGGGCUCAAUGCCACCCCGGCUGCCCACUGCUUGGACCUGCGCUCCCGCUACAGCAGCACCAAGGACAUGCUGCACACCCUCUUCGUCUGCAUCUCAGGGGUGGCCGAUCAGCUCCAGACCAACUUUGCCAGUGACCUGCGGAGCAUCUUAAAAACUGUCUUCAAGAUCGUCGCCUCGCAGGCAGAGCCCUUGGAGGAGCCGGGUGCCAGACAGGAAGAGGAUGGUGACCCACACCUGGUAGAUGCUUCUCGGGUGGCCGACUGUCCCCUCUGCUCCAGCCCCGCAGAGGCUGCCGGGCUCCAGAGGACAGCAGGUGCCUGCCGCCUGCCCGAGUGGGUGCCGGACAGCAUGUGCAGUCGGUGCUCUGCCUGCCGCUCGCCCUUCACCCUGCUGCGCCGCAGGCACCACUGCCGCAGCUGCGGGAAGAUCUUCUGUGCCCGCUGCUCACCGCACGCCACGGCACUGCCGCACUAUGGCCAGCCGAAACCUGUGCGUGUCUGCACGCAUUGCUACACCGCGCACCUCUCGCCCGUGCCUCGGCGCACCCGGAGCCAGUGAGGGACCGCCGUGCCAGAUCUGCAUCUGUAGGAGGCCACAGACCGCGGGGGACAGUGGCCGCUCCAGAGCUGCUGAGCGGCUCCACAGCACCAUGACCCCCUUGCGGGGGCUGCGUGGGCUUGGCGGCAGGACCCCCCACUCGUGGCAGCAGCACUUCACGCACGGCAGCAGCCCGUGCCCCACGCUGGCGUGGCCGGGGCUGCGGUGGGCGCGGGGUCGCCUCACCCGGUCACUGGGGCCGUGCCCCGCUCCUGGAGAGCCACGUGCCGUCUGCCCCCCCGCGGGAAAUGUGCUUCGUGGUGGGUUUUUUUCAGGUGAACUUUGGCUGCUCUUGGGCCCGGGGCAGAGUCUCCCCCCGGCCUGGCCCGCGACGGCACAAACAGCCCUCACAUGACGGCGGGUGCCGCGGGGCCGUGCCCGGAGCUGGCCCUCGCCCGUGGGGCCCGGCGGUCCCCCCCCUCCCCACCGGUCGAUGUUAAUAAACGGCUAAACCCGCCUGGCCCGGA